CGGAGGGAGUCGCGGAGUGUGUGUAGGGGUGCCAUUUACACUGAGGAUAUUGAUGGACACAGCAACCCGAACAAGUCGCCCAAGCGUCCAAGCAAUGAGCCGGUGUUCCUUCUGAAUCGCAGGUUUGUAGAAGAGAGGCUGUCGGCUCCCACCCCACUGCUCAGGUCUCAGAGCUCCACAGGACCCUACCCUGAGGGGCGGCCAUGGGAGAGGUUGUGAUUGUGAAGGAGGGCUGGCUCCACAAGAGAGGAGAGUACAUUAAGACAUGGAGGCCCAGAUACUUCCUGCUGAAGAGCGAUGGGACGUUCAUCGGCUACAAGGAGCGGCCACAGGACGUGGACCAGCUGGAGACGCCACUCAACAACUUCUCUGUGGCCCAGUGCCAGCUGAUGAAGACGGAGAGGCCCAAGUCCAACACCUUCAUUAUCCGCUGCCUGCAGUGGACCAGCGUCAUAGAGCGCACCUUCCACGUGGAAACGCCGGAGGAGAGAGAGGAGUGGACGAAGGCGAUCCAGGCGGUGGCGGACAGCCUGCAGAGGCAGGAGGAGGAGAGGAGGGACUCGUCCCCCGACCCCUUCGAUGUGGACCUGUGUCCCUCUAAACCCCGUCACAAAGUGACUAUGCACAACUUUGAAUACCUCAAGCUGCUGGGGAAAGGCACUUUUGGGAAAGUGAUUCUGGUGAAGGAGAAAGCCACGGGGAAAUACUACGCCAUGAAGAUCCUCAAGAAGGAAGUGAUCGUGGCAAAAGAUGAGGUAGCACACACUCUGACGGAGAACCGGGUUCUACAGAGCUCCAAGCACCCUUUUCUCACGGGAUUGAAGUAUUCCUUCCAGACACAUGAUCGAUUGUGCUUCGUCAUGGAGUACGCCAAUGGUGGAGAGCUCUUUUUCCACCUCUCCAGGGAGCGGGUAUUCACUGAGGAGCGCUCUCGCUUCUACGGCGCCGAGAUUGUGUCUGCGCUGGACUACCUCCACUCGGAGAGGAAUGUAGUGUACCGUGACCUCAAGCUGGAGAACCUGAUGCUGGACAAAGAUGGGCACAUUAAGAUCACCGACUUUGGACUCUGCAAAGAAGGCAUCACGGACGGGGCCACCAUGAAGACCUUCUGCGGCACGCCGGAGUAUCUGGCCCCUGAGGUGCUGGAGGACAACGACUACGGGCGCGCGGUGGACUGGUGGGGGCUGGGCGUGGUGAUGUACGAGAUGAUGUGUGGCCGGCUGCCCUUCUACAACCAGGACCACGAGCGCCUCUUCGAGCUCAUCCUCAUGGAGGACAUCCGCUUCCCCCGCACCCUGGGCCCCGAGGCCAAGGCCCUGCUCUCCGGCCUGCUGCACAAGGACCCCAAACAGCGGUUAGGGGGCGGCCCUGACGAUGCUAAAGAGAUCAUGCAGCAUGCCUUCUUCUCCGGGAUCCAGUGGCAGGAUGUGUACGAGAAAAAGCUGGACCCACCCUUCAAGCCCCAGGUGACUUCUGAAACGGACACGCGGUAUUUUGAUGUGGAGUUCACUGGACAAACGAUCACCAUCACUCCUCCUGGUCAAGAUGACAACAUGGAGUCCUUUGACAGUGACAGGAGGCCUCACUUUGAACAGUUCUCCUACUCGGCCAGUGGAACUACAUAGCCCUCCUCUCUUACUCUCCCCCAUCUCACUCUCUCUCUCUUUCUUUCUUUCUCUGUCACUCUUUAUCUCUGACACACCUCGUCUGUCUUUCAUUCACUCUGCUCUCUGUCCUCUCUCUCCUUUAUCAUCCCUCUUUCUCUCCAUCUCUCUUCCCUCCAUCACAUCCCUCGUCCUCCUCUAUCUCUUCUAGCCCCACUAUCUCCUUCUCCUCUCUCUCUCUCUCUCUCUUUCUCUCUCAUCAUCCCUCCUGUCUGCACUCGGAUCAUCAUCAUCCUCCUCCUCCAGCGCCCACAGCUUCUCCUGCCUACAUCUCCCAUCAUGCAGCACUGGUUCUGCUUUUACCCAUAAUUCCCCCACUUUGCCACAACGAGGGAUAACACUACACGCUCCAGGAAGUGCCCAGCACCUCCCACCACCACCACCAACACAUACACACACACACACACACACACACACUCACUCACUCACACACAUACACACACACAGACACACACACACAGACCGACAGAUACACACACACACACACACACACACACACACACACACACACACACACACACCACAGCAGCCAUGACUUCACCACCUCCGCUACAAAAAGACCCCUGCUUUUUUCCCCUCUUCUGUGUGUUUCAUUUGUCAUGGCUUGUUCCAUUUCUUGAUUUUCCACUGGUUCAUCGUUUGGUUAUUAUGAUUAUGUUACUGGUUACUGAUUGGUUCAGGCACAACACAGAUAUGGCCAGGUACCAAUUCUGUAAAAGAGGAAUGUCUUUUUUUUUUUUAAGAGAAUGACUCCCUCUGUCUGUCCUUGUUUGGAGGACAAGGGGGGGAUCAUGCCUUGAAGGAUCAUUUUGAGGUCUGUUGGAAUUAAAGUUCCUGUAGAGGUUUUCCUUCAAACUCUCCUUCAAAUACUCUCAGCUUCCCAGACAUGCAUUCAGGGAUGCUGGGUGUCUAGGGAGAGAACACUUCAAAAUAGAGAGGUGUCAGAUACAGAAAGGAUACAUUUCCCAGCAGAAAUAAGACACAAAAAGCCUAAAGGUUCCUACAGAGGCAGGAUCGUAUCGUUAGGGAGCAGUGGAGCCUUCUAGAUCCUUCUUUACCCUCUCAGCACUCCAGUGUACUUCUUCACAUAUGAAUUUCCGUUGGUGGUGUUUUACUCGCGGGAGGGAGGGGUAGGGAAUGUUAAGGAGAAUAAAGACACUUGUCAUCAAAAUACGCACAAUCCCUGCACAACUUCAGCAGCAAGGAAGAUUUGGUACACCAGUGAGGGCAGCUAUUCCCAUCAUUUGUUCAAAAAAAAAGAAAGAAUUAUGGUCAUGUUUAUAGUUGUGCUACGAGUUGGGGGUUACGCUUCUAAGUGAUGUUUGUUGUUUUUGACGGAUUUUUUGGAUCCCGUGUGGUUGUACUGGUUUGUAUGGUGGCGGUCAGUGUGCUUUUGACUGUGAUUGAUGUUUGCUGAUUACUAGUGUCUUAAGCUGUCGUGCCAGACUGGUCAGCAGGCCCCAGCCUGCAUGCACACUGGGGGAGAUGGACUUGGUAAGCCCUGGAACAAAACGUAUAACUGAAAAUGUAUCGUUUUUUUUUUUUUUUUUUAAUUUUGUUUUCUCACAAAGGUGUAUGUCACCCCAAAGAGUUAAAUGGAAAAGCUCAACUUAAAAAAAAAGAACAUGUAAGCAAAAUAAUAAUAAUAAUGAUAAUAAUAAUUUUUUAAAAAGGACAAAAUACUCAAAACUCAACAUGGGAUUUACACAGCACAUGAGGGUUACAGUGCUCUACUUUGAUCGAUUAGCCAGAUGCCACUGGCUGAGAUGGCCGUGGAUGUGAAUAACGUCGAUGAUGAUGUUCGUCACGUCGGACGGACUCGGCACGCUACACUGUACAAGGACUCUUUCUUUCCUCGAGAACACUCGAGACAGUGUUCAGCUCACUCGGGUCUCCCAUCCACGCCUCGUCAGGGACCCACGCGCAUACGCGGGAGCGCUGUUCUGUACAGGCAUAUAUAGGGCCAGUCCCAUUACUUGCACGUGCACCUUUGCAGCCUUUGAAGGGUACCUAGUACGAAGUGCACACUCUUGAGAUUCAAAGUUGUGUACAACAAGACAUCUCAUUCUGCUUCCGUUUUUUUUUUUUUUCACAACCUUAUGACUUUGUUUGAUUGCACACAUUCACAUUGUUCCCCUGUCUGACAUUUCACAAUAGCGCCACCUUCAGGGUCACUUCAAAGGGUGCAAGGGUGUAAGUGUGAGUGUUUGAGAAUAGGCCAAUAGUAACACUUUGAGCACAAUCCCGCAUGGCUUCCCCUUAGAGUAACUUUUUCAGAUGCCAUUUGUGUCCAAAUGCUAUAGGAGGAAAAGAAAAAAAAAAGAAUAACUUAUCUAUUUUUGCCAGAAUAAUAAUAAUAAUAAAAAACGCAACCCUAGACCCCCAUGUUUCAUAUCCUGCACUCAGCGUCUAGCGCCUCACACAAGCUGCCAAAACGUUGUUGAUUUUUUGUAGCGUAGAGUUUAGGCACCACCAUAACAUGGUGGGACAAUUUGAUGAAUCAAUUGAAUGCCCACUAUUGCUUUUAAAAGGUGCAGUAGCCAGCAUUGCGUUAAAGAGAAGAUGAAAACCAACCACCACAAUCAUUAGUGUAAAUCCACCAGUUUAACUCACAGUAGCUAAGUUUGUAUGGAUGGCAAACACUCUAUGCGCAAGAAACGGGGUGGAUAUUUUUGUGUAUAGUCCCGUUAAGUUCCACUGUUGAGAACUCCUUUCCACUUUUUGGCUACAAUGCUGCCUAUUGCUCCUUUUACAAUGUGAAUUAAAUGUAGCUGUUUAUUGUUUGGUUAGGAUUUGAGAAUCACACAUAGCUACAGGAAGCCAUGAGAAGGCCAAACUGUGCAACAGGACGUUGAGAGGAGACUCUAGCUGCCCCACUAGAGGACAUGACAGCCUUAUUACCAAGUUUGAAACCAUGGCAACAGCACUUGUCGACGUUCUUGUGGACCAGAUGCACAGUUGUUUUCAGUUCUUUUUUUGUUUUUGUUUUGGAGAAACAAUUUGUGAAUUAAAAAUGAAUGUAAAUCGGCCCUUUGAUAAUCCAUUUUACUGCUCCUUUCGUUUUUUAUCUUUAUUUUUAAAACAUGUUUUGUAUAUUUAAUUCCAUUUUACUUAGUGAGUGUUUUUUUUCUUUUUUUUCUCAGAGUUGUCAACCAAAGUGUUUGGGUUUGCCACAGGGUUCAAAGCCAGAGGAAUAUUGAAACACUUUUAUUUACCUUUUUAUAAGUUAUUUUGCUCUUGUUUCCUGUCUCUCCCAUGAAUGGCUGAGUGAGAGAGGUACUCAGACACCAGCUCUUAGGAUGUUUCUCUUCACUGUGUUGGCAUUCAUGCAUCACACGUUUUGUCCAUUUUGACCAGGAAAUAAAGAUUUUUUUUGAAAUCUU